AUGGCUUCUAGCUCAACAUCUGCAAAUAUGGUCAAGCGGACAAUCCUCAGCAACCGUUUGGCAGCACAGAUAUUGAACUUUGCUGAGGCUUCCCCUCGGACAAUUAGACCCUUUGCCUUUGGGUCAAUUAGAAGUAUUCACAACUCGGCACGCUUACCAACAAUCACCGCUUCAGAAACCCGGCAUAGGCCGACGUUGCGACCGCACCAGCUGUCUGCAGCUCACGGCCGAGUCAACGGGCAGCCUCCAACUGGCAAACGAACUAUCUUCAUUCAAACCGAGUCGACGCCGAACCCUGAUGCUUUGAAGUUCAUUCCAAACCACAGAGUCCUCCCCGAAGACUUCCCUACCUCCUUCUUGGAGUACCUCUCCCCGCGCUCCACCCUUGCUCCUCCGCACCCGUCUACGCUUGCCGCAAACCUGUUCAACGUCGAGGGUGUGCAGUCAGUCUUUUUUGGCACCGACUUCAUCACAGUAACUAAAGCCAGUGAUACUAACUGGGCUCACAUCAAACCCGAAGUAUUCAGUCUUAUCACCCAAGCCGUGACUUCGGGCGAACCGAUCGUCAACACCGUGGAAAAGAGUGGAGCAAGCGGGCAGAAAGGUGGCGAAGAGGACUCGCUCAGCUACAACGAAGAAGAUGAUGAAGUUGUCAGUAUGAUCAAGGAGCUUUUGGAGACGAGAAUUAGACCUGCAAUCCAGGAAGACGGGGGAGACAUUGAAUUCAGAGGAUUUGAGAAUGGGAUCGUCAUGUUAAAGUUGCGAGGCGCUUGCCGGACGUGUGAUUCAAGCACUGUUACCUUGCGCAAUGGCAUAGAGUCUAUGCUUAUGCAUUAUAUCGAAGAGGUCCAGGGCGUCGAGCAGGUCCUUGACGAAGAGGAGGAGAUUUCUAUGCUUGAAUUUGCUAAAUUUGAGGAGAAGCUCCGACAACAAAAAGGUGCCCAGGCGACCGCUCCCUCUUCUCUAGAUUCGGCGCCCUAGAGGAGACCUCGUAUUUGACUUUGUAGAUAAUAAAACGACUAGUACCAAUUCUGUACAAUAUAUUACAUUGGGGUCAAAGCC